AUGGUUCUUUCAUUUAUACUGGUGCAAAACCGCCAGGGUAAGACACGCCUGGCGAAGUGGUAUGCGCCUUAUAGCGAUGAGGAGAAAGUAAAACUCAAGGGCGAGGUCCACCGCCUUGUCGCCCCCCGGGAUCAGAAGUAUCAGUCGAACUUUGUUGAGUUUAAACGGAGUACAAAGAUUGUGUACCGGAGAUAUGCAGGGCUGUUCUUCUGUGUGUGUGUUGACGCCACGGACAAUGAGCUAGCCUAUCUGGAGGCUAUACAUUUCUUCGUCGAGGUCCUAGACCAGUUCUUUGGCAAUGUCUGUGAGCUGGAUCUGGUAUUCAACUUUUACAAGGUAUAUGCGAUUCUUGAUGAGGUGUUUCUCGCGGGCGAAAUCGAGGAAACAAGCAAACAGGUUGUGCUUACGAGGCUGGAACACUUGGACAAGCUCGAGUGA